AUGAGUGUAGAACUCGCCGUGACCAGGGCGCUCCAAAACUACUUCAACCGGACAAAAGACCAAAAGAGCGAUGAGGAGGAUGACAAAGCUUCCUACCAAAAUUUCAAACACAUAGUAGCAACACUCACCUUGGAGCAAGUUUCGCCCCUACUUGCCAAAUGCAACCAGAUUGCAAACACGGACGAGCGCGUCAGAAGGCACUUCUUGAACCAGUGGGAAAAAAAGUAUCCGGAAAAGGCCAGGAAGGCCAGUUCCACGCUCGAAAAACGACACAAAACUUUGGCAAAGGCUUUACAAUUGCCGUUAUAG